AUGGUCCCUACCGCUCUGAGGGCUGCACCGGCGGCGCGCCGCCGCGCGGCCGACGCCGACGCGGCGCUCGGCCUCGUGCUCGACGCCAUCCAGGGGGCCGAGGACGCGGUCGUCGGCGUCGCCUCGGGGCCGGCGCGGUCGCCGCUCCCGUCGUGCUCGUGGUGGACGCCCGCGGUCGCCGCCGCUUGGAGGCGCGUCGACGACGGCCGGCGCGCGCGGCGGUCGGCGCCCGGCGCCGCCGCCGCAGACGCGGCGGACGCGGCGCUCGCCGCGGCGGCGGCGCAGUACGCCGAGGUCAAGGCCGCCGCCAUCGCCGAGGCCGCGUACGAGCUCCUGCUCGGCCAGGACCCGGGCUCGCACGAGGCGAGGCGGCUCCACGGCAUUAUCCAGACCGAGAUCCUGGGCCGCGCGGCGCGCGGGGCGACCCACGAGUGGGACGCCGUCCGCGCCGCCGACGGGUCCGUCGUGCGGGACGCCGCGGGCGUCGCGGCGCGGCUCUCGGAGUGGACGGCCGAGCUGCACGCGGAGCGCCGCAACGACCCGCGCUACUCCGAGUCCGAGUACGCGCGGCUCGAGCGCGAGCACGCGGAUUGGGAGCGGUUCGAGCGGGACCGCGAGUGCGGCGCGUCGCUUCGCUAUUCGGCGCUUCGUGCCCGGUGGGAGAGCUUCGAGCGCGGCGCCGACGCCGGCGUCGUCUUUGGGCCCGCGGAGUGGAGCGCCUACCUGGCGUCCUGCGUGCGCUGGUCCGAGGUCGCGGCGGCGAUCGCGGCGUCGUCGUCGGCGACGUCGCCGUCGCCCGCGGACGGCAUUUGCCCGCCCGCGCUCAAGUGCGGCGGCAUGCCUCUCGAGCUCGCGCUCGCCGCGGUCUUCGACGUGGCCAUGCGGACGGGCGCGGUCCCCGCGUCCUGGCGCACGGGCUACGUGCGCUGGCUCUUCAAGAAGGGCGACGAGCUCGACCCCUCGUGCUUCCGCGGCAUCGUCCUGACGUCCCUGGUCGGCAAGGUCUUCGAGCGCGUGCUCCUCGCGCGCCUCCGGCGGUGGGCGCUCGCCGUCGGCGCGGUGCCGGACCUGCAGGCGGUCCCGUGCGGCUCCGUCGUCGAGCACCUCGCGACGCUGAACGAG